GUUGUUACCCCAGAGGCGAGAAGGCUCUCUUACUGUCUUCCACGGUCAUAGACUUCUUGGGAGGUCCGCGGUUCACAGCACCAUGGCUUCCUCUGGACGAAGUACACCAGUACUUUAUGGAUCUACUGAUGUGCAUUCCUCAUUGCCGAAGAGUCCGGACCAUACUGAAGACAUUGAAGAUGAUACCCAACUGAGAGAAGAAUCUCAUAAACUACACCGUGGGCUAUCUGCUAGACAGGUGCAGAUGAUAGCGAUAGCAGGCACUAUUGGAACUGGUCUCUUCCUCGGCACCGGUCGCUCUCUUGCACAAGGCGGGCCAGCCGCCAUGCUGAUCUGCUAUGCUGUUGUCGCCUGCGUGGUAUACAUUACACUUUUAUUGCUGGGAGAAAUGGCUACGCAAUACCCUGUUGCUGGAUCAUUCAAUGCAUACGCGACACGCUUCUUCUCUCCUUCAUACGGAUUUGCGCUCUCUUGGAAUUAUUGGUUCAAUGAUGCCGUGUCUCUUGCUUCAGACCUCACCGCUGCCCAGCUUGUCUUACAAUUCUGGACAACAUGGAAUCCCUGGGUUGUUUCUCUCCUAUUCUGGGUUUUUCUCGUGUCAGUCAACGCGAUCCAUGUUCGGGCCUAUGGCGAACUCGAGUAUUGGUUGUCCUUCCUUAAGGUCGCCACCAUAAUUGUCUUCAUCAUCGUCGGUAUUCUCGUGAAUGUUGGCGUCAACACUUCUCAUCAGUACAUUGGCUCUCAAUACUGGCGCAUCCCUGGGGCUCCCUUCGUUGGCGGUUUUGGAGGAUUCGCCAAUGUUUUCGUCACCGCUAGCUUUGCUUAUGGCGGCACAGAGAGUCUAGGUAUUACAGCUGGAGAAACCAAGAAUCCGUCACGAAAUAUGCCCCGCGUGGUCAAAUUUGUUUUUUGGCGUAUCCUGCUUUUCUAUAUCAUUUCUAUCUUGCUCAUUGGGCUCAAUGUACCCUUUGAUUAUCCCGGGCUGUCUAAUAAAUCCACGACAACUUCGCCUUUUACAAUAGUUUUCUCCCAAGCUGGAUCGACGGUUGCCGCCUCCUUUAUGAACACCGUCAUCCUUACCUCUGUCCUUUCCGGUGGCAACCACGCCCUUUUCGCCGGGACUCGUGUCCUCCAUUCGCUCGCAUCCGUUCGGCCUCAGGGACAGGCACCGCGGCUCUUCUCGCGCACCACGAAGAGUGGUAUUCCGGUUUAUGCACUCCUUGCUACAAGUAGUAUCGGUGUCCUCUGCUUUGGAAGUAGCUUUAUAGGUGGAGGUGAGCUGUGGGGAUGGUUGCAGAACCUUGUUGGCGUUUCAAAUCAAAUCGCCUGGCUGUCAAUUGGUAUAGCAAGCUUACGUUGGCGCAAGGCUUGGGUACAACAGGAGCGCCCCCUUGACGAAAUCAAGUUCAGAGCGACUUGGACAUGGCCCUGGGGUCCCUAUUUUGUGAUCGUUACGGUCAUUGCUCUCAUCUUAAUCCAAGGAUGGUCAUCUAUCCACCCCUUCAACGCCGUCACAUUCGUGUCAUUUUACAUUGAGAUUCCCAUCAUGAUUGUCAUGUACUCGGGAUGGAUACUUAUUGCUCGACCUGGCUCGCAGUCAACCCAGACUCCAGGUCAUACCCUAAAUUCUUCUUCAUCCGGAGCCGACCAUCCGACAGCGCCUUCAAAUAUCCCCAUACCCUCAAAGCAAUGGUUCUCCACCGACUUGGUAAACAUAAACACCGUAAAUUUGUACGCUGAUGAGUAUCGUGAGGAACCUGACGAUGAGGAGGAGAAUGCCUUGAUGCAGAAGCGAACGGAAGGUAAAAUGGGCUGGGCUUGGAAAAUGUUCUACCUGGUUGCAUAAUAGCUACAACUAUCUAUAAUCUAAAGCCU